AUGGCCGCGGCGGCAGGGGUAAACAAGCCGGGGGCCGGCGGAGCCAUGGACUCCUGCGUCCGACACGGCCGAUCGGCGGCGGGGAGCGCGGUCAAGGUGCUCGAAUGCGGAGUGUGUGAAGACGUCUUCUCUCUGCAAGGAGACAAGGUGCCCAGGUUGCUGCUGUGCGGUCACACGGUGUGCCACGACUGCCUGACUCGGCUGCCGCUCCACGGCCGGGCUGUGCGCUGCCCCUUCGACAGACAGGUCACCGAGCUCGGGGACUCUGGAGUUUGGGGGCUGAAAAAGAACUUUGCCCUGCUGGAGCUACUGGAGAGGCUGCAGAAUGGGGCCUCCAACCAGUCAGGCAUGUCUGAGGAUGCCCUCGGUGGGGUAGGAGAGCGCAUCGUUCGCUGCGAUGAGGACGAGAGUCACACGGCCUCUGUGUACUGCACAGUGUGUGCCACCCACCUCUGCGCCGGCUGUUCGCAGCUUACGCACUCUACCCGCACCCUGGCUAAGCAUCGACGUGUGCCCUUGGCCGAUAAGCCCCACGAGAAGACGCUGUGCCCCCAGCACCAGGUGCACGCCAUCGAGUUUGUGUGCCUGGAAGAUGCCUGCCAGCCGGGGCCACUCAUGUGCUGCGUGUGCAAGGAGUACGGCAAGCACCAGGGACACAAGCAUGCUGUGCUCGAGACUGAAGCCAACCAGAUCCGAGCCUCCAUCCUGGACAUGGCGCACUGCAUCCGCACGUUCACAGAAGAGGUCUCUGAAUACUCCCGCAAGCUGGUGGGCAUUGUACAGCAGAUCGAGGGUGGGGAGCAAAUCGUGGAGGACAGCUUUGGCAUGGCUCACACGGAGCAUGUACCAGGCACAGCGGAGAGUGCCCGCUCCUGCGUCCGGGCCUACUUCGCCGAUCUGCACGAGACGCUGUGUCGCCAGGAGGAGAUGGCACUGAGUGUGGUGGAUGCUCACGUGCGUGAAAGGCUGAUCUGGUUGCGCCAGCAGCAGGAGGAUAUGACCAUCCUGCUGUCCCAGGUGUCCACCGCCUGCCUGCACUGCGAGAAGACAUUACAGCAGGAUGAUUGCCGUGUGGUGCUGGCGAAGCAGGAGAUCACCAGGCUCCUAGAAACCCUGCAGAAGCAACAGCAGCAGUUCACCGAGCUGGCCGACCACAUCCAGCUGGACGCCGGGAUCCCGGUCACCUUCACAAAAGACAACAGAGUUCACAUCGGGCCGAAGAUGGAGAUACGUGUAGUAACGUUGGGUCUCGACGGAGCUGGGAAAACGACCAUUCUCUUCAAGCUGAAACAGGAUGAGUUCAUGCAGCCCAUUCCGACCAUAGGUUUUAAUGUGGAGACGGUGGAAUAUAAGAAUCUGAAGUUCACCAUCUGGGAUGUUGGUGGCAAACAUAAGCUUAGACCUCUCUGGAAACAUUACUACUUGAAUACACAAGCUGUGGUGUUUGUGAUUGACAGCUGCCACAGAGACAGGCUGAUGGAGGCCCACAGUGAGUUGGCCAAACUGUUGACAGAGAAGGAGCUCAGAGAUGCCCUCUUGCUUAUCUUUGCUAACAAACAGGAUGUUCCCGGGGCGCUUUCGGUGGAAGAGAUGACAGAGCUGCUGAGUCUACACAAAUUGUGCUGUGGACGGAGCUGGCACAUCCAGGGCUGCGAUGCCCGCAGUGGAACAGGCCUCCACGAAGGUCUGGACUGGCUGUCCAGGCAAUUGGUGGCUGCUGGUGUACUGGAUGUGGCCUAACCCCUGUCGACUAUCCAGCUGUCUCCACCCACUGUCCCACUGACUCCGCCCAGGCCUCAUUCUCACCCCUCCCAUUUGCCCAGCCCCCCAGUCUCUUCCAUCCCAAGUAAGACUGACCCAUCAUUGCAUUUACCUUCUAAUUCUCCCUGCAUUGCUGUUAAUAAUCACAUUUCCCAAGGAUGAGUGUUCCUCUGUGGUGAGAAAUACCAAUAUAAAUGCUGGAGUGUGGAAAUUUAGCACCAUUUGACCUAGAGGGAUCAAGUAUAAAUUAAUAUAACAAAUAUACCAACAAGGUUAUGUGUUUUGGGAGGAAUAUAAUUUGUUUGUCGUUUUAUUCUAACCUUGCUCUGUUAACUAUAAAGUUAAUAAAGACAGCAGACAUUCUGCAUGUUUGUUGCCAGUGCAUAUCCAGUUACUAUUUGCCAGUUCUAACAUUUAAAUUGUACUAUUAGAUCUUUGUCUGGUGGAGUAGCUUGGUGUCAGGUUCUUAUUAUUCUGUAUGAAUUUGGAAAAAAAAAAAUUGGAUGAAGCUUUUCCUUUUUAACACUAAACACAUUGUUGCAGUAUGAUGUAUUCCGUAAUAAUGUGUCCUGUGAAUGCUGUACUUAUCUUUCUGGUAAUCCAUUAUCAACCAAGCUCCCUGGCCCAAAAUAUUUUAGUGAUAAUAUUGUUCUUCAGUUUUAGCCAGCAAAGGAUGUUAUUACCUUAACCACCUGAGAAUGUGUUGGAAUGUGCAGCAUUUUAUGGUUUGAGGCCUCUGGAUCCUGUUCAUAUUUUCAAAAUAACUUGGGAAUAAGUGCCUGAAGGCAUUCUGAUUCUGUCCAGUGUAAGGAGUUCCCGCAUGAGCUUCUUAUGUAGUGCAACUCAAUGACCCAUAUACUAAAAUAUGCCAUUGCUCGGACACGGAAUGUUGUAGGGUUCUUAUUAAAGAGUAUCAUUUUGUACAGUAACUUGGAAGUCUUGACUGUAUGUGAAAUUAAGCAUUUUGUUUAGUUAGAGGUUUGAAGUUUUUACUUCACCAAGCUUUUUGGUGUCAAACUGGUGUUCCAGCGCGCAAGUACAUGGAGAUUGAACCAGUACAGAAAAAGCCUUGAGUAUGUGUUUGUAUAUAAAACUGUGGGAACCAUUGACAACAUUUGAAGCACCUAGCUCAAAGCUGUGAUGAGUUAAAGUUGAUGGGCCGUGCGUCAUCCCCCCUCCCCCCCCCACCUCCUGUUUUGAGGAGUGUGUUAAGUUCUUGGUACAUUGGAUAUGC